AUGUCUUCGCCAUCCACCAGCCAGACCACCAACGCAUCCGGACAAAUGUCGGACCUUCUCAAUUGUGCACAAAUGGAGAAGAAGAGUGUGAAAAAGAAGGAAUUGAAAAAAGAAAAUUCAAGAAUGAAAAAGGAAAUAGAAGAGAUGCAGAAAAAGCACAAAGAGGAGAUUGAAAAAUUGAAAAUGGAGGUACAAGAGGUUCAAAAAUCAAAGAGAAAAGUGGAGAAGGCGUUGAGAGAAGAAGAAAACAGAAACGAGGAGUUUUAUGACGAAAUGACAAAGAACCCAACGUGGAGCCAACUUAUGAAAGCUAUGGGGAGAGCGCAGGAUGAAAAUAAAAAGCUUCGAAAGAAGGUGGACAAAUUGGAGGAAUAUGAAAAACUGUAUAAGGAGGCAGUGUUAGACAAGUAUGUCUGUGAAAGAGAGCUAAAGUGCUUCAAAAAAGGAUUCAAUGAAAUGGGAAAAACCGUCAAUUCGGAGGAGUUUGGACGGAAGGAGAAAUUCAAGCAGAUGGCAGAGAAAUUGGUUGAGAUUAAAAGGAAAAUGGAAGAUGAAGCAAAGGAGCUCGUGAGCGAAAACAAUCAGAAGGACAUUCCAUCCACUUCAGGAGGACCACCACAGAAAAAAGACCACGACGCUCCAGAAUCUCCAGUGAAUGAUGAUUUUCAACCAAAUCCAGCUAAUCGAAAUCCAGAAGUUCCAGAAGUAACUUUGGAAAUGUACAUGGCUGCAAAGGACGCAGAUAAGACGGCCAAAGCUUUAUUGGAGAAACAAAAAAAGACUAUUGAAGAUUUGGAAAAGACGAUAGAGGAAAAUGAACCUGAGACAGAAGAGAAAAAGAAGGCACUGACAGCUAAAAUCGAUAAAGCUAAGAGAAAGCGUUCCAAAGCUUCUAAUUCGAAAAAAACUUUUGAAAAUCUAACUGAAGAGAAAAGAAAUCGAGGGAAUGAUAUAGAACUGAGAAUAAUAGAGAUGGAAAAGGAGAAUGCGAAGAUGAGGAAGGAGUUGGGAUCGGAUUUUAUAGAAACGUCGUAUAAAGAGAAAAUUGAGGAGUUGAAAGCCAAAAUAAACAAAGCGAAGGAGUCAAAAAGAAAAUCCCAAGAUACGGAGAAACAUGAAGACAAUGGUACAAGUAUUAAACUCGUUCAGGAACUGAAGCGUAAAAUAAGAGAAGAUUAUCAUCUCAAAAAACUUUUAGAUUCGUUGAAAAAAACUAAAGAAGAUAAUGCUGAGCGAGAAGAGCAGACACAGGAAGUGGAAGGAAAUCUGAAUGAUCGCAUGGAUAGAAAUGUGAUGGAAGGAAAGUUGGGGUGCUUCAAAAAUGUAUUCGCUGAAAUUGAAGGAAUUGACAAAUUGAAUGGGAUUAGGGUGGAGGAAAAAUACAAGAAAAUGUAUGAGAAGUUGCGGGAAAUUGAAGGAAAACAACGAAAAAUUGAGGAUGAGAUGAGGAUAAAACUAAAUGAGCUUGAUAGACGUGAGGACGUGCCAUCAACUUCAGGACCACGACGACUAAACUAA